GAAAAGCAGGUGAGAACUGGCAGCCAUCUACAUAAGCGGGCUCCCUCCACCACAAUGACAAAGUACUGACAGCAAGGUUGCCGUUUGGAGCCUUGGACCAUCAUCGACCGGACAACCGAUUUUCUCUACUGAGACUUGGUUUUGUUUUCUUUACUUCUAAAGUUGUUCAACAGUAUUUAUAUUUUUAGUUCCUCUUUAACUCUAAACAUAAUGUGUUUUUCUCAGACAAUGGCUUCCCUCAUCAGCCUGAUCAUUCUGUCUACCUGGACAACUUCAGCUCUUAUGUUUCCCUUUAAUUCUUUUCUGAGAGACUCUAGAGAUAGAUUUGAAUCAUCAGGCGGUGAAGCUGACCAAGCUGUCCAGGAAAUAGUCAAAGUUGUCCAGCUGGACUCUCGUAACCUGGUCAGUUCUGGGCUCUUCAGGAGAGGACAUGCUCACAGGGGAGUUCCUUCACACACCUCCAGACUGCCCUUCCCUGCCUUUCUGUCUCAGGGUCGUCCAGGUCCUGCCGCAGCCCCGAAGGACACUGUAAGUCCACUGCACCUUCUGCACCCUAAAAGACCCACAGAGAUAGAUAUGAAGAGCAAGCAAGGACUGCAGAUGUGGCAAAAGGUCAUGGAUAAAGGAGGGAAGGUGUCACUGCCCGUUAACCUGAAGGAUACUAAGCAAACUUGCACCGCAGUGCCUUUUACUCAGCAUGUGACGGCAGAUGGAUGCCAAACAGUGAUAGUGCACAACAAGCUGUGCUUUGGCCAGUGCAGCUCCCUCUUUGUCCCGUCCGAGGGGGAGUUUGCCGAUCUGAGUCCCGGAACAGGAGCCUUCCACCGACAAGCCCCCUGCUCCCGCUGUGCCCCUUUCAAAGCUCAGACUGUCACUGUGCCUCUGCGCUGCGGAGCCCAGGUCCUUGAGAAGAGAGUAAUGGUGGUGGAGGAGUGCAAGUGUGAGACGGGCCGGGAGGAGAAAAGUGCUGAGGCUGCUGCUUACACACACCUGUAA